UAAGGUUGGCGAUACUGAAAAUUGCAGCUGCUCGACUAUUUUCUUCCACAAAAAAUUUAACAAUUUAGUAAUUGGGAAAUCUUUGCAAGAGAAAAGUAAAAUAUAAUAAAAAAUUGUUCGGAAGGGAGCUGUUUGGUUUACAUAAGUUUGUUGACGAUAUUACCUCUACUGGGUUGGGUUAAAAUAAGUUCGAUCAUAAGGCAAAGUGUCAAAUUGCUCAAGUCUAACAAAACAAAGGCAUUGACGUGUGCCAACGGUGGUCAAUUGCUCUUAAUUCAUCAGAAAUAAUAUUGGUGGAUAUAAUUUGGCAAUGUACAAUUUAUAGGACCGUAAACGUCAACAUUUCUUAAUACUAACCGACUGAGAUGGAUGAUAAUUCACAAGAUAUUUGCCGGGUGUGCCGUUGUGAGGCACAAUCGGAUCGUCCACUCUUCUAUCCGUGCAUAUGCACUGGCAGCAUUAAGUACAUACAUCAGGACUGUUUAAUGCAAUGGAUGCGUUAUUCCCACAAAGAAUAUUGCGAACUAUGCGGACAUCGCUUCAGUUUCCAACCGAUAUAUUCGCCAGAUAUGCCGCGUGUACUGCCCUUACGUGAUGUGGCAGGUGGCUUAUUGUCAGCUGUUACCAAGGCAGCAAAAUCGUGGUUCCAUUAUUCUUUGGUUGGCUUAGCUUGGUUUGGCAUAGUUCCGUUGUCAGCAUAUCGUACAUACCGCUACCUGUUUCGUGCUUCGUCUUUCGAAUCGAUACUAUCAGUGCCGUUCGACGUCUUUUCCACGGACAAUUUAGCCUCUGAUGCGUUCCGUGGAUGCUUCGUAGUAACAUGCACGUUACUUUCGUUUAUUGGCUUAGUUUGGUUACGCGAACAAAUACUGCAUGGUGGCGGACCGGAUUGGCUAGAACGCGAUGAUGCCCCAGCUGCUGGAAAUGAUGCCGAUGAACAACAGCAUCACAUCGCCGUAGAGGCAGUCGGUGGUGAUGGCGCCAACGGUGAAGGUAUUGAAGAUGCCGAUGUUGCUGACGGCGCUGCUGUACGCAAUGCAGAUGGUGCUGCUGCUGCUGAGAUACCAGCCAACGAGGAGCACGACAGUGAAAAUGAAGAUGCACCCAUUGAUAUACCGAUGAACAAUGCUGAACCAGCGGCUGUUAAUAUAGCGGAAGAGGAAGGUGAAAUACCGCUGGAAUUUGGACCAAGGCAGCAACCACUACCAGGCGUGGGCAAUAACGUCAACGUAGAUGGCGAAAAUCUUGGCGCAGCUCAAGGUGGCGCGGCUGCAGCUGGUGGUGGGGCCGCUGAAAAUGACAACGACAACGAUGAACCAAAUUGGAAUCCAAUGGAGUGGGAUCGCGCUGCUGAAGAACUGACUUGGGAACGCCUACUUGGUUUGGAUGGUUCUUUGAUUUUCCUGGAACACGUGUUUUGGAUUAUCUCGCUGAAUACGCUGUUCAUUGUUACAUUUGCUUUUUGUCCCUAUUGUAUUGGAAAUUUCAUACUAAGCUCCCUUGACUUGCUGCAGCCGGAUAAACCAUUACUGCAUUUUCAUGGCCUAAUUACCACACUCUUUGGCUACUGCUUCAUCGGCUUAACAUUGGUUGUGCUACACUUCUUUGCACGAGUGUUUCGCAUGCGUCGCGUGCGUUGGCUUAUUGGUCUCUGCUAUAUAGUAGUUAAAGUGUCUCUGCUAUCCGUUGUGGAAAUCGGUGUACUGCCAUUGGUUUGCGGUUGGUGGUUGGACAUAUGUUCAUUGCCAUUGUUUGAUGCCAGCAUAAAGGAUCGUAAAGUAAGCUUUAAGGCGGCACCUGGUACAUCGCUCUUUGUGCAUUGGAUGUUUGGUAUGGUGUACGUUUAUUAUUUCGCUGCUUUUAUUUCGUUGCUGAGGGAAGUUCUACGCCCCGGUGUACUCUGGUUCUUAAGAAACUUAAAUGAUCCGGAUUUCAGCCCAAUACAGGAAAUGAUCCAUUUGCCUAUCCUACGACAUGUACGCCGUCUAAUUGCGUCUGCUAUGAUUUUCGGAUCCGCUGUCCUUUUAAUGCUUUGGCUACCUAUUCGCAUGCUCAAAACAAUCUGGCCUUCAUUUCUACCAUAUACAUUAUCCGGAGACUCUGAGGUCAAUGAACUUAGUCUACAGCUUCUACUGCUGCAGAUAAUUCUUCCCGGCUUCUUCGAACAAUCACAUACACGUAUUUGGCUAAAGGGACUGUUACGUAUUUGGUGUAUUUGUGUUUCUUGGGUACUGGGCAUACGCAGCUAUUUGCUCGGUUCUGAACAAACUACCGCCGAUGCUAAUAAUGCAGCGAAUGGUGCACCUGCAGCAGCUGCCGAAGCUGCUCCUGUUGCUGCAGCACCUCAACAGAAUGCAAAUAAUAAUCCGCCAGCUCCUGUUGGACCAGAAGUGGCAAAUGCAGUAAACGCGGCCAAUGCAGCACCGCGAAAUGUGGCUGGGCCUGCCCCUGUAUUACCACUACCUCGUGAACGUAAUUUGGGCGCCGUACAUCAGGCCAUUAUGCAACGCGAUGUACCAGUCGGUUUUCAACCAUACGAACGGCCAAUAUUAUUCCCACUACGCUUGUGCGGUCUCCUCUUCUUCAUGUGUAUUUCGCUAGUAAUCGCCUCCGUUAUUAUAUUGACGGUGCCAGUUUGGAUUGGUCGUCAAGUAAUGGCGUUGUGGUCCGUUGGCGGCCAUUUUACAAAUCAAGUAGUCGCCCAGACGCCUGAGGUAUCGCCGCGUCCACACGAACUUUAUACCGCGGCUUUAGGCACUUAUCUAUGCUGGAUUACUUCACGCGGUGUUGCAAUUGCAGUGAAUCUGCUGCCACAAGGACGUGCAGCAGUCGUAGAUAAGAUCAAGCACUGGCUGCGUGUGGGCGCUUCUUAUGCAUUACCUGUGCUAAUAUUUGUGCUCAUGCUGGGCGUUAUACCACUUUUGUUUGGGCUACUACUUGAACUAGUGGUGGUUAUACCGUUGCGCGUACCCUUUUACCAAACACCCAUACACUUUUUGUGGCAAGAUUGGGCACUAGGUGUGCUUUAUACAAAAAUCGCCAUUGCCUUGACUCUAAUGGGACCCGAUUGGCAUUUAAAACGAGCACUCGAACGUGCAUAUCGUGAUGGAUUGCGUGAUAUCGAUUUGAAAUUUUUAAUACGUGAGUUGGCCACACCUGUUAUCACUUCCUUCGGUUUGGCGCUAGCGAUUCCCUACGUAAUCGCGCACUCCAUUUUGCCCAUAUUCUUCAAGAAUUCGGUAACGCGUUUGGAAAUAUCGCGUGUUGCGUAUCCGGUGUUCUUUAUCAUUGUGGUGGUAAUUGCCUACAUUUACUUUGAAAUCAAACAAUUCAAAAAGUUGUACGUAGCCAUCAAAGUAGACAAAUAUUUGGUGGGCCAACGGCUGGUGAACUACGAACAUCGCAAACGAAAGCAAGAAGCCGAAGCAGCAGAAGCGGCUGCAGCAGCUUCGUCGGCAACGGACAACGCGCAAGCGGCUAAAGAGGAGCCAGAGGAGGUGGCAAUUAAUGCGGCAAGUAUAUUGGAACGUGAAGAGCUAGAAUUGCGGCGGCGAGAAGCAGAACUUGUGCAGGACUUGGUGCGCGAUGAUUUGUUAUAAUGUGAACUCUAAAUUGCAUAAUGUCAAAAGAUAUGAAAAAAUUAUACUGUUAUUAAUACAUUCAUGAAAACCAUUUCCAAUAUGAAAUUAGACUCUCGCAAAUGAAAUGCCACAAACUUCUUCAUACCAACAAAAAUGUGCAUGUAAGAAACGAACAACAAAUAAAUAAAUCGAAUUGAGUUAAGAAAAUAUGGAAUAUUACCAUAGAAAGCUGAGGGGAA